AAUCGGUCAUCAAAAGCCCUGGGAACAGCUGUUUUUGUUAUGAUAAAGUUGUUUUGAAAAAUCUGGCUUAAAAUUAUGGUUUUUGCCACAGAUAAAAAUAAUUAAUAGGAACUAGCUAACAAUGCUGAGGUUGUGUCUCUCCCCACGAACAGCAGGUGGCUCUUAUAUGCGUAAUUUUUCCCACGAAAAACAAAAAAAAGCGGAAACACAUUAUGAGGUUCUGAAUGUACGUAGGGAUUGCACUUCCCGAGAAGUCCGCGAUGCCUUUGUCCAGCUAUCCAAGUUGUAUCAUCCAGAUGCCAAGAGCAAUGCUGUUUGUCCUGAGAGAACCGCUCGGUUUGUUCAGAUUUCUGAGGCCUAUAAAACCCUGAUAAAGCCGCAGAAGCGAAGGGACUACGAUGACAGCCUGUUGUGGCAACCGAGUCGAUCGGAUCGAAGUCCUGUAGGCGAUACCGGUAAUCCCGGCCAGCCGUGGGAUGUGAAACCUAACUAUGAUCCCAAUCCAGGACCCUACUAUGGCAUCCGGGGUCUAAAGAGGGUCUCUAACUGGCAAGUUGCGCUUGUUUUAAUGGCUCUCGGGGUUUUAGGUGCUGUUUUUGGCUUCACCUCCGUCAGGACCUCUUUUCGAUUAAAUCGCCAGAGCCAAGAUGAAAUCUCCGCAGAGGCGAAUUCCCACCACGCAGCCGUUGUGGCAGAUGCGCAAAAGUACGGAAACGAGGAGCAGGUACGGCGCAUGGUUGACCGAAUGUCCAGGAGUCCUUUCAACCAAACAUCGGCUAAGUGAAAUCCUCUUCGUUUUGACCAAAUUAAACGUGAUAGCAGAUAGA